AUGAGUUCCCCCGCCAACCGCCGUCCAGCCCUGCUGGACUUGCCCAUCGAUCUCCUCCGUGAGAUCUUCGACCAGUUGUCCCCCGCGGACAACAUCGUCUUCGCCACGACCUGCCGAGCAGUCCGGAACUGUGCAGGUCGCGGCCAAUUCCCCGCCGACGCCGAGGAGAACCAAGAGCAGCGGUUCGAGGUCCUCGCCAGCAUGUGUCGCGACAUGCCCGACCGCUGGGUCUGCGAGGAGUGCAUGCGCCUCCAUCGCAUCGACACCGCCGACACGCCCGCCGACAGCAGCCCGACGUGCCCCCUGGCAGACGCCUACGGGCGAUUCAACCAGCCAUUGCAGCUGGCCCCCGCCGACGAGUACGAGCUGGGCAGGCGCCACGUCCAGCUGGCGCUCAAGUACACGCGCCUGGGCGACUCGCUGCGGCCCAGCCAUCGCCAGUACCUGCAGCGUCUCACCGCGGCCCGCCAGUUCUCGCUCUCCUACGCCUGGGAGAAAAAGGCUGCCAUCACCGCCAAGGUCGCGCCGCGGAUCGUCGACGGCCGGUUCCUGCUGCGGACCAUCUGCGAGUACCGCCUGCCCUCGCGGCCCGUCACCAGGGACCUCAUCGCCAGCGAGUCCGUCUGCCGCCACCAGCAGUUCUUCCCCCUGGAGGACGGCGCCUGGACCAGCAGCUCCCUCCACCAGGACCUGCGCCAGUUCCCCCGCGCGGUGGGCGAGUCGUUUGCGUCGCCGGGAAAGGAGGUGCGCGGCCACUGCCCGCACUGCUUCACGGACUUUUCCGUGACGACGACGGCGAGGAGCGUCCGGAUCUCGGUCUGGAUGGACUUGGGCACCGAGAGCUCGCCCCUCGACCCCGUCUGGCGCUCAUUUGUACACAUUGCCGAAUUCCCUCCCGUCGAGGAGGUCGAGUACAUUGAGCCUGGUCGAGUCCGCGAGCUGUACAGCAGCGGCGAGGAGGGGGAGGAGUAA